AACUUCACUGCCAUCAAAACAAGGCACAGCAUUCCCUGCUCCAACCUCAGCUUCCUUGUUCCUGCUUUAAAAUCAUUCAUAAUGUGAUUUAUUUGCAGCCUUUUUUCCAGAAUUUUACCUGCCCUCAGCAGUGUGUGGGGCAUGUUGGUAACACAAAGUGAAAUCUUGGAUUUCUUGCAGUUGGUGCUAAAAUCCUCAGGAAUUUUCCUGGACUGAGAAUCCUGUCUGAUUUUUAAAUGAUUAAUUUACUGUCUACUUAAUUUUUAAUGCACACAGACUAAAAAAUGAAUUUUUUUAGGUUGCAUCCUUCAGCUUAUCUGCCAGUUAUCAAUAAUUCUCGUUUGUUUUCCAUGUUUUAUUAAGCAAGGAAAGUGAAAAGAGUUCAGAGCAAUGAUUAAAUAUUAAACUCACUGUAGAUACAAGUUGGGUUUUUUUCCUCUGACCACUUAGCUCAACUAAGAAUUUUUAAUUGGAGAAAAUAAUGAAUAAUGCCAGAACUUGCUGCAGGAGGGGGUUUUUAGAAGGCUCUGCCAUCAGCCUGGUUGCCAGGCAGUGUAGUUAGCUGAUUGCCCAAAGCAACAAUCACUAGCCACACAGCCAGGUGAAAAGGUCUGGAAUGCCAGGAGCAGGAAUUUGGGAGCAGGAAUUUGGGAGCAGGAAUUUGGAGCAGGAAUUUGGAAGGAGGAAUUUGGGAGCAGGAAUUUGGAGAAGGAAUUUGGGAGCAGGAAUUUGGGAGCAGGAAUUUGGGAGGAGGAAUUUGGAGAAGGAAUUUGGAGCAGGAAUUUGGGAGGAGGAAUUUGGGAGCAGGAAUUUGGGAGGAGGAAUUUGGGAGCAGGAAUUUGGGAGCAGGAAUUUGGGAGGAGGAAUUUGGGAGCAGGAAUUUGGGAGGAGGAAUUUGGGAGCAGGAAUUUGGGAGGAGGAAUUUGGAAGCAGGAAUUUGGGAGGAGGAAUUUGGGAGGAGGAAUUUGGGAGCAGGAAUUUGGAGCAGGAAAUUGGGAGGAGGAAUUUGGAGCAGGAAUUUGGGAGGAGGAAUUUUGGAGGAGGAAUUUGGGAGCAGGAAUUUGGGAGGAGGAAUUUGGGAGCAGGAAUUUGGGAGCAGGAAUUUGGGAGCAGGAAUUUGGAGCAGGAAUAAACCCCAGGAAUUCUGAGGACACAGAGAAGCACCAAGAGACGGGACACUGAAAUAAAACAAGUGCUGCCCUCCUGCCAAGCCAAUUUUCCUGCUGAUCCACCUCCUUUACAGCUCAUUUCCACUAAAAAACGUGAGGAUAAAGUGGAUUUUUUAUUUUUUCUUCUCCAAAUUUGCAGGCUUUGACUCCCAGUCUGACUGGGCUCAUCUCAGCCUUACCGAGGCCUCUGUUCUCACAUUUCCCUCCAUUUAUUCUUGUUGAAUAAAUGAAAUUAAGGCCUGUGGUGGCUCUUUCCCAUCCUCAGAGAAGCUGGACUGGAGUGAAAAUGGCCUGAAAGAAGAUGGAAACUUCUGCUGGAGCCCAAAUUAAUGACCUGGUUAAUUAAUGUUUCCCACCAUCAACAGAAAUCCAGCAGAUAAAGGGAUCUCAGGCAAAGCAUUCAACGCAGAAAUUGCAUUUUCUGCCUGACUCUGCAAUUAUCCUUCUUCUUUUUUUAUUUUUUUUCUCUAAUUUUAGCAAAGCACUCCCCAUUUUCAGAGGGGAGCUGCCUUUGGAGCCAGGCCUGGCACAGAAAUCUGCAGGAGGUGCUGAGCUCUGCAAGCCUUUCCUGCCCAUCAAUAAUCCCAAAAGGAAUCUCAUCCAUUAACCUGCUCUGAAUCCUGGCUGCAGCCAGCAACACUUCACUGAGGCUCCCAUUCUUUUGAUUUUUUAAUUUAUUUUUUAUUUUUUAAUUCAGCGGAAGGUUGGAUUUGAUGGGUUUGGAGGGGUUUUCCAAGCAAAGAUGAAAGCCAGGAUUUGCAGCUUUGGGCAGCAGGCAGCCAAAAAAAUUCAUUUCAAGGAGUAAAUGGCUUUCCACAAAUAUAGAACAUCAUAAAAGCAUCCCAAUAAGUCUAAGAAAAUUCAAAUUAAUGCAGUGGAUAGAACAAGAAUAAUGCUCAGGUUAUUAUCAGUCACAGAUAUUGCUUACUGUUCAAAUCCAGAUUUCAGACUUGAUUCAGACGUGAUCAAAUCCAAAAGGAGAAAAACCUGGAAAUUGUAUAAAUCUGGGAAGAAAAUGUGGAUUUAUCUGAUAAAUUCCUUAAGCAAAGAGGAUCCUGCAGGCUGGGGAACUCUGAAAUUCCAGGCCAGGCACAGGAGGAAGCUAAAAAACGUUAUUAAGGACAAUUUUCUGUCUGAAAACCACAAGAAAUAAGGCAGCGAGCCUAAAAUUAUCACUUCAAUAUGAAAGACCAUUGUUAUUUUUUAUUUUUUCCAUUGCUGUCUCCAAGUUUUUAUCCACUGAAACACAAAAACUCAGUUCAUAACCAACGUCUCAACCCGGCCGCUCUGCUCCCUAAAAAACUCUCAGGAACUGGAUUUGAGCAAUAAAAAAAAGAUUUCCAUGUGGGGAUUUUUAUUGUUAUCAGCAGGGAACUGUAGAUUUACUGAUUUUAAUGCUUUGGCCUGGCCGGAUGUUUGUCAGGAGAAUAAAAUUCAGGAGUAAGAGGUCUGGAUUCUAUUAAGGCUUUUCUUUCCUUCUGCUGUAAUUCCCAGGAUACAAAGCAGAGAUAAAUGAGCUGAAGUUUAAGAACCACAUAUCUGAAUUAAUACAAUUUACUUCCUCGGUUGUACAGAGUAGCACUGAAAUAUGAAAGCUGAUAAGGGCAGUGAUUGGAGAAAUAACCUGGAAAACAAGAUUUCAAAAGGAACUUUCAGGAAUGACGUCUUCAUUUGGGACAUAAAAGCCUCCUUUUCUCCCUCCUCCUUAUUUAAGCUUUUUAAGCUGGUUCCUAUCAGGCACUUCCUCUCCUCAAAGUUCAUUAAAAUGCUGAACCAAGUCUGUCUGCUUGGCCCAAAUUCUGCUUUUUAUUUCCUUUGGUCUAAAUGCUCAGAUUCUAUUUAGGAGAAGAAGUUAUCCUGGAUUUAUUAUUAUUAUUAUUAUUAUUAUUAUUAUUAUUAUUAUUAUUAUUACUAUUACUAUUACUAUUAUUACUAUUAUUAUUACUAUUAUUGUUACUAUUAUUGUUGUUGUUAAUAUUAUUAUUACUACUAUUACUAUUAUUACUAUUAUUAUUACUAUCAAUAUUACUAUUACUACUACUAUUAUUAAUAAUAUUAAUACUUUUACUAUUAUUACUAUUAUUGCUGCUACUACUACUGCUACUACAACUACUACAACUACUAGAACUACUCACUUUUAUCCUGUACUAUUACACAUUAUUACAAGAUUUAGACAUUAAAUGGUUGCUGCUAUUUUUCUAUCCUUUUCUCCUUUAUUUUCUGUAUAUUUCCCAUUUAUUUCUCGAUAGUGGUCGAGAGAAGGAAAUGGAAGCUUCCCCAUUUUUGGGAAGAUUUUAAUUUUGCUUUAAUUCUGGCUGGCGUUCAGAGUGUCAGGGAACAGCGUGGUGACAGAAGUAUUUUUAUUUUUCUGAAGAAGCCAGGAAGCAUCAGCGCCUGUUCCUGAUUCCCAGACGUGACACAGCCAGCAGCUUCCCAACACUUCCCUCUGCAAUUCCUGAAUUCUGCCGGCUCUUUCCAGGGCUUUUUAAAGGAUUUCCCUCCCUUUAAAACACCCAGUUCACAAACAGCUUCUCCUCUUCACCUCCCGAGAGCGGCUCAAGGUUUUAAUCUCUAUAAAAUCCCUCGGGAAUUUGCGCACCGCGCCCUAAAAACGCCGAGAUUUUGGAGUCACUCCCGGGAUUUUUCACUUCAGGCUGGGUUUGGUGAUGCUCGAGGUGAUGCCUUGCGAAUGAGAAUAUUCAAAUUUAGAAAAUUGGGAUUGGGAUGGAUAAAAUUAAUCGGUGUUUGGUUUGACCGGCAGGGAGCAAUAAAGCUCAUGGCGCUGCUUCGGAGCGAAUCCGGAUCUGGGAAAGCGAAGGGAGAACCCUUCCAAAAAAAAAAAAAAAUUAAUUAAAAGAAAAAAAUCCACAGAGCGGGGCUGGACCCGCCCGUGGGCGGCCCCGGUGGGCGGGGGACGCGAUGGGGACAUAAAGGGGAUGGCAGGGGGGACACGGGCAGGGCAUGAAGGGCUCGGGGCGCGGUGCGGGGAGCGGCGGCCGCAGCGGAGCGCUCAGCCCCGGCCCGGAGCCGGCAGCGCCGCGGGGCUGAGCCAGGAGGAGCAGCAGGAGGAGGAGGAGGAGGGAAAGAGGCAGGGGAGGAAGGAAGGAAGGCAGGAAGGAGGAGCCGGGGCUGUCCCGGAGCGAUGCUGGCGGCGGCGGCGCUGUGCGCGGCCGCGCUGGGCUGCGCGGCGGGGGCGCGGCUGCUCAGCGGUAAGAGCGGCUGGGGACCGCGGGGAUCGCGGGGAUCGCUCGGGAUCGCUCGGGAUCGCUGUGACACUCCCUGGGGACCCUCCCUAUCCCGGAGAGACCCCUCCGGCCCCGCCACCCUCCCCUCUGUCGCCGGGAGGGUCGGGAUGCGCGGGCGGCUGUCGCGACAUGGGGGGGGAUGCGCUGUGGUGGUUGGGUCGGACGGUUCUGGAGGUGUUUCCCAACUUUUCCAGCGGAUUUUCCCUGUGGAGCUCGCUGGAGCCAGCGGGCAGAUCCCGAGUGAGGAGAUGAGGGGGAUACAAACAGGAUAAGGAGUACAAGGAAUCCUUUCAGCCAUCCCAGAGCUGCACAUUCGAUGUCCUAAACUGAGCCGGGAAGUCCAGCCAGGAAUUAAUUCCAAUCAGUUUUUCCUUAGCUGAAAAUAAUGGCAAGUUUGAAUGAGGAGGCAGAGAAUUUCUUCCUCCUUUUUUAAUGAGGAAAAAAUGUGUUUGUGUAUCAGCAAAGAGCCUGGGUGCAGUUCUGGGCAGACGGUUUGCAGGCGUGGGACACAGAAACCCUGCUACAAAAUCGUUUAUUUCCACGACGCCUCGCGCAGGACCAGCUACGAGGAAGCUCACCUGGCCUGCAGGGCUGACGGGGGACACCUGGUCAGCAUCGAGAGCCCAGCGGAGCAGAGACUGAUCGAAUCCUUCAUCAGGAGCCUCCUGGCUGCUGAUGGAGACUUCUGGAUUGGGCUGAGGAGGAGGAAGGAGGAGGAGGGCAACAGCACCGAGUGUCACAGCUUCUACUCCUGGUCGGAUGGGAGCUCGUCCAAAUUCCGGAAUUGGUACGUGGACGAGCCCUCGUGUGGGGGUGAGGUGUGUGUGGUGCUCUACCACCAACCCUCGGCCCCGCCUGGCCUGGGGGGGCCCUACAUGUUCCAGUGGAACGACGACAGAUGCAACAUGAAAAACAACUUCAUCUGCAAAUACACCCUGGAGAAGCCAACAAAAGCUCCAAUAGACAAUUCCCGAAGAGCUGUGGCCACAGAGCCCUGGAAGGGGAAAUUCCCCGAGGAACGCCGGAGGAAAGUUGCCAAUGGAACAGCAGUGGGAGCCAAAGAGCCUGUUCAGAGCCUUGCCUACAUCCUCAUUUCCAGCAUUCCUGUGCUGCUUUUCCUCAUGGCUGUCACAGGCAUCUCCUGCUUUUGGCUCUUUGUGAAGAGGAGACAGGAGCUGGUGGAUGUGACCCCGAAGGGUGACAGUGCCUGGCUGCCACCGCCCGGCGGGGACAGCCCCGAGCUGGACAUCUACAGAGUGAUCAACAAACAAUCCGAGGCUGACCUGGCCGGGGCCAGGCCUGGCACCAAGAAUUCCUCCUUCCGUGCCCGGGAGGGGCUGGGGAGCCCCUGCAGGGACCCCGAGGACUCCUCCAGCAGUGGCCUGGUGACACUGGGCAGCACAGAGAGUGGCUUUGUCACCAACGACAUCUACGAGCUGUGCGGGGACCGUGUGGGCAGGAGCAAGGAGUCCACCUGGGUGGACAAUGAGAUUUAUGGGUAUUGAGGAAAAGAAUCCAAAAAAAGCACUGGAAUUUGGGUUUUGGGCAUCAACAGGGGUUGACUUGCCCUCUCUAUGCACUUGUUUAAUAAUGGGAUGUGUGGUGUUUGUCCUGGUUUUGCAUUGUCCCCUUAUUCUUCUGUUUUCUGACAGAAUAGGGGUUUUUAAAGAUCCAAACUGAGAGGAAUGUACAGAUCUGGCUUUGCCCCCUUUGCCUCAGGAACGGCUCGUUAAUACCCUCAAUUCCUUUUUGUACCAAAGAUACGCCUCGAAGCUGAAGGACAAUCCAAAAUCGUUAUUUAUUUAUAGCCCUCUCCUCCUCCAAGGUGCUAAAAGUGACCUGUCAUGUGUGAUGGAAUCCUGCUCUCCUGGACAUGCUGAACACUGGGAAGUGGAAAUGAAUCCCCGGGUUGGCUUUGCUUGUGUGUGCAACUUUUACUGUGCCUAUUAAAUUUCUUUAUCUCAA